UGGCGGGAGGGCCGCCUGGCGCGAGGCUGGCUGCCGUUCCUCAGAGAGAAGGCGGAGGAGGAAGGAGAAGGCCGAGGAGGCCAUUGCCGGGCGUGGGGCUGCCGGCAUGAGCAGCGAGGGCUGGGCCGAGCUCAAGAUGUCUUUCAAGAAGGAGACACCGUUGGCAAAUGCUGCAUUCUGGGCUGCAAGGAAAGGAAACUUGGCCCUCCUACAGCUGUUGUUGAACAGUGGGCGUGUUGAUGUGGACUGCAAAGACAGUCUUGGUUCAACAGCGCUUAUGGUAGCAUCGUUCUAUGGCCACAAAGAAUGUGUGCGAGAAUUGGUGCUGCAAGGAGCUGAUAUUAAUCUUCAGAGAGAGACUGGUGCCACUGCCUUGUUCUUUGCUGCACAACAAGGCCAUAAUGAUAUUGUGAAGUUACUCUUUGAGUAUGGAGCCUCCACAGAAUUUAAAACCAAAGAUGGAGGCACCGCUUUGUUAGCUGCUUGCCAGUAUGGACACAUGAGAGUAGUGGAAACAUUACUAAAGCACGGGGCCAACAUCCACGAUCAGCUUUACGAUGGAGCUACAGCCCUUUUUUUGGCUGCUCAAGGAGGAUAUCUGGACUUAAUUCGGUUAUUACUGUCUUCAGGAGCAAAGGUCAAUCAGCCAAGGCAGGAUGGGACAGCUCCAUUGUGGAUUGCCUCUCAGAUGGGCCACAGUGAGAUAGUGCGAGUAAUGCUACUCCGAGGAGCUGACCGAGAUGCGACAAGAAAUGAUGGCACAACUGCUUUACUUAAAGCUGCGAACAAAGGAUAUAGUAGUGUUAUAGAAGAAUUGCUUAAAUUCUCCCCUUCACUUGGCUUACUGAAGAGUGGGACGUCGGCUCUCCAUGCCGCAGUUCUUGGUGGCAGCGUUAAAGCAGUUGCACUACUCUUAGAAGCAGGAGCAGAUCCAUUCCUUAGAAACAAGAAAAAUGAGCUGCCUUCGGACCUCACGAAAAACGAGCGCAUCCUGCGACUCCUGCAACCCAGGGAAAAGGACAGAAAAAGCUAGUACCCAUUGCAUCUAAGGAGAGGACUGGAAGCUCCUGCCCAUACUAGCUCCCAAGCAAGUCUAGUAUUUUUUCUGCAGAAAAUGGCAAUGUUUUGCUGAUACUCAAGCAUGUCCUGGCUCCUUUGAAUGAGACCAGGAUUCCUCACGAAGAGGCACUGCUAAGGUCUUCCACUACAAAGUUCACCAGGUUUUUGUUGCUGGCUUCAAGGCAGGGAAGAUUGGGUCCCCUAUUAUAGCUUUCCUGAAUAAUAGCCCUUACUAUACCAGAGAAGUCUCCCUCUUUGCAGUAAUCUGUUCCUUGAGAUAAAUUUCCCGAUGCUUCUUAAAACCACAUAGGUCUUUCUCCAGUGGCAUUUUGGCUAUUCCGAGCUCUAAUCUUGUUUCUAAAAUAUUAUAGUGAUUAGACUUGGUCUGGUGUUAAUUCCUCUUGUGCCAUACAGAUGGCAGCUUGGUCUCCCAUAAUGCUUUAGGACUCUUUCUACUAAUUACUCUGGCUGCCUUAUUUUGCUCAUUAGUAUCAUGAAGGAUUGCAUUCAGUUCCUUGUAGCACUUCCUUGUAGAGUCACUGGCAAAAAAGGAUACAUCAUUAAAAAGAGGACAAAAGUAGAUACAAAGAGUAGCAUAAACUUUGCAUAUGCAGAUUUAGAAACAAUUACCCGAAUUCCCAAUUAAAAAUAAUAUCUAUCUCACUGUAAGGUGGAAAGUGUGGGACCGAGGUGACCUGUGUGCCUACUCACUCUGUUGCCCAGGUGCUAAAUCUUGAUGGGCAACUUUAAGGCCCCAAUGCUGCCUUUUUAUGGUCCUUUAUCAUCACACAGGGAGUGAAACUGGACAAUCCUUCAAAUGGGGGGUAGCUUUAAAAAAAAUGACACGCAUUUAUAAAGUAGAAUAUAUGGCCACCCUUUUUUCUUGCUAAGCCAAACUAUUUUACAGUAUAGUACAGUCAUGUUUGAUUAUUGUUGCUACUAGAAUUUGUUUUAUUGUAAAAUCUACAAAUGGCAUUCUUAUUUUAUUUUUAUUUUUUGUAAUCUCAGGUAAAAUACUUAUUACAUAAUGAUGUUUUCCCACACUCCACGUGUUUCUUAAUUCAAGUUAUGGUAUUUUGCAGUUAUUCAGGGCAGUUUAGAUUAAGAAAAAAAUAUCCUGCAUGAUUUAGCCCUUUCUGUUUUGAGUGCAGUACAAAUAUAUCCUGGACCACAGAGGAUUACUGGAUCAUUUCUGAACAAGCACAAGUCAUAGGCCAGUGAGCUUUACAAGCAGGAAAGGCAAUUGAUCAUCACGAUCAAAUUUCAGACAAAUUUAAGAGGAUUUACUUUAAUUCAGGGACUGAGUUCAGAUAAAUAGGCAAACACAUACAUUUCACAUACCCAUUAUUUUCCUUAUUUGAAAUUACAGGUUGCAUAUCCACUAUCCAAAAAUCUUGGGGACAGAAGUAUUCCAUAUUUUGGAUUUUGGAAUAUCUGUGUUUGCGUAGGCAUACAUAAUGAGAUGUCAUAGAGAUGGACCUAAGUCUAAAUGUAAAAUCCAUUCAUAUAUAGCUGGUAUACAGUCUGCUGAUAUUUUUUAUACACAAAUUGUAAAAUAUUUUGUGCAUGAAGCAAAGUCUGUGCACAUUGAAUCAUGAAAAAGCAAAAAUAUCAUUAUUUCACCCAUCCAUGUGGACAAUUUUGGAUUUUAGUGUUAUUUGGAUUUCAAAAUACCGGAUAAGGGAUGCUCAAUCUGUACUUCAAGCUUGCAAAAUCUCUAUUAGGUUCUUGUGGGUUUUUUCGGGCUAUAGGGCCAUGUUCUAGAGGCAUUUCUCCUGAUGUUUCUCCUGCCUCUAGAACAUGGCCCUAUAGCCCGAAAAAAACCACAAGAACCUAGUGAUUCCAGCCAUGAAAGCCUUCAACGAUCAUCAAAAUCUCUAUUGUUCUUAUCAUUCAUUGGCUGUUCAGAGAAAAGAAUACUACCAGUAUUACAGAAUAGUGCUAAAGGAAGGGGUGCUAAAUUAAAUUGCCAGUCCCAACUAGAAUAAACACAUAGAAUAUGUGGAAUUUGUAGUAGUAUUGAUUUACCAUUCACUGGUUGAUUCAUUGUGUCUCUCCCUAGACCAGGCCUGCACUACCUGUGGCCCUCCAGAUGUUUGGGCUUCCAAAUCCCAGAAGCCCUAGCCAACUUGUGCAAUGGCCAGGAAUUCUUGAAGUUGAAGUCCAAAACACCUGGAGGGCCACAGGUUGUGUAAGAACCAACAAUUGAAUUUAAGGCUUUGUGGGUGCCAGUGGUUCCCUUGGGAUGUUCUAGCAACAAAAAUGGCUACUGACAAUUAUUCAGUAAAAGAAAUGAUUAAGAAGAUCCAAUCUUUGAUCCAGUCUUCUGUUUCCUUUCCAACAGGAACAAAUCAGAUGCUUUUUGGAAGCCCACAAGCAGGAUUGGAAGGGAAUAGUGAUUUUCUACUGCUGCUCUCCAGCGACUGGUAUUCAGAGAAAAACCAGAAUUUUCACAAGCAACUUCUUUGAAAGGUCCAUGUUGGCCUGAGCAACAAACCUGGUAACCAGAAAGUAACUUUUCCACGGUUUGUGGCAAACUACCCCACUUCAGCAAGAUUUCAUUUAGCAGUAAUAGUGAAUAACCAGAGAGCCUUAGGGUUUGUCUAAUUGGCUUCUCAAGGCCAUCUUUGCCAGUGGACAUGUUAUACCAGUUGCUGGAGAGCAGCAGUAGAUAGGUUAGUUAGCCAUUGUGUAAAGAAAUGUUUCCUUGUGUCUAUUGCCCAACAGUUUCAGUGGGUGACCUUGAGUUACAGUAUUAUUGUUUUUAAAAAACAGAUAAAAACAAGACUUUUUCCUCCUAAUAGAUGCUUGGUCAUUUCAGUCAGCUGUUUCUACAUUGCUUCCAACUCCGUGAAUAUUCUUUCAGACCUGAGAUGCCCAGAACAUGACACAAUUCCCUUACGUUACUAUAUUCACAUGUAUACCUUGUUAGUUAUAUGUGUUUCUCACCGCAAGGGUGGAGUCAUUUUUUUAUUUUGACAUAAAAGUUACACUAGCCAUUUUUAAAGUCUUAGUUUCUUUGUCAUUGUGGACAACAUUUCUUUACCAGAAGGUAAAAUGCCUAUUUUUGUAGACUGCCUGCUCAAACUACAGCAGAAUGAUUGCACUCUUAUUUUGGUGAUUAAUUUAAAAUUACUUUAUUAUUGUUCAGGAGUAUGGUUCAUUUUGAAGGACACUUGAUUUUAAGGAUGACCGCUCUUAGGACUUAGAAAAGCAAGGGCCUUAUAUAUGCAAGUAAAGGAGGAGGUGAACAGGGCUUUCAUGAACUUCAGGCACAGAAGCACUUUUGCUAAUAUGCUGCUGAUUUUUUUUUAUUUGAAAAAGAUAUGCCUGAGCACUUUGCUUCCCAAUUAGCAUGAAAUUAAAGACAAAAUGGGUUAUUAAUGCUGUGAUAAAUAUAUUCAUUUAAUGGGGGAAGUUAUGCUGUAUGUUUUAGGCAGACUGGCAUAUAAUUUUAAAAUGUACUAUGUGUGAAAUCAUAAAACAUUUGUCUUCAUUAAAACAACUGUCUUAUGUACAA